AUGGCGAUGUUAUCAUUGCAGACAAUGUAUAGAAUUAAAGAUCCCAAGACUUCUCUGGACUUUUACACAAGGGUGCUUGGCAUGACGCUGCUUGCCAAGUUGGAUUUUCCUUCCAUGAAGUUCUCGCUUUACUUUGUGGGGUACGAGCCUGCUGAAGCGAUUCCAGACAAUGAGAAAGAGAGGAAGUGGAUGUUUAGACAGAAGGGUACCAUCGAAUUGACACACAACUGGGGUACAGAGAGCGACCCUGAGUUUGCUGGCUACCACAAUGGCAACUCGGACCCUAGGGGCUUUGGCCACAUUGGGCUCUCUGUGCCCGACGUCGAGGCAGCGUGCAAGCGUUUUGAAGAGUUAGGUGUGGCGUUCGUCAAGAAGCCCAAUGAUGGGUCGAUGAAGGGAUUAGCCUUCAUCAAGGAUCCCGACGGCUAUUGGAUUGAGAUUCUAAAUGCCGAGCACAGUGCGACUUUUGUGCAGGGGGCAUGA